CCUCCAGCCCCAGCUGGGAGGAGUGCCUGAGCUCCGCAGCGUUCCCAUCAAAGGACUGCCUCUUUAGGUCCCCUGCUGCAUUUCUCCCUCCCUCCUGGAGGCCUUAUCAGCUGGCAAACACUUGUGAGCAGCCCAGUCAGUUGGCAGGGCUGUGACCACACGGGACUCCCAGCUGCACAGUCUGGACCCAUGGCCUGCAAGGCAACAUACAGCAACAUCAACAUCAUUGAACCAGGACAAGAGGAGCCGUGGGGUUCUGAGCCAAGGGAGAAGGCAGUUGUCAGCGAUGUGUACACUGAAGAGGAGAACGAAUAUGAGGCUGUUGACCCGGCUCUUGGCGCAAGGAGGAGGCAGAUGGAGCAGCAGGAGGCUCGGGCUCCAAAGUGGGAGUGGAGACGGGGCCAGCGGUGGAUUUUGGCCUGCGCGACUGUCCUGGGAGUCUCUGUGCUGCUGAACCUGCUGCUCCUCACACUUGGUGUUGUCCGAUACAUGGAGAUGGCCAGUGCCCUUGAGAGAAUGCAAGUGGAGAACCAGCUGCUCCAGGAUGUGGCCUCUGGCUCUUUCCUGAUCUACAGUGAGUCACACCAGCUGUGUGUGGAUGUGACAGCUGGUGGCUCCCUGACAGCCGCGCCCUGCGCCCCCGGCUCCCCCAGCCAGCACUUCCAGUGGCUGUCUCGGGGCCAGCUGCUGAAUGUGGCCCACCAGCAGUGCGUAGCUGUGCCAAAGCAGCUUAGCCGGAUGGCUGUGCGCCUGGAGCCCUGCGAGGCCCACAGGGAGCUGCAGCACUGGGAGUGCCGGGCAGACGGGCUGCUGGCCCUCGCCAAGGAGAACCUCUACUUCAACUAUGGCAACAACCAGAACCACGUGGUGAUGCUGUACACGGGGAACGGGCCCUGGAGCCGUUGGGUCAUCUAUGGGAGCCAUGAGGACCUCUGCUUCUGCUCCUCUCAUGUCUGCACCCCAUGUCGCAGGGGGUGGACUUUCUUCCAGGACAGAUGCUACUUCCACUCCCGCUCCCUGGGCACCUGGGAUGCUGCCAACUGCUCCUGUGCUUCUCUAGGUGCCCUGCUCCUCCAGGUGACCAGCCUCGCUGAGCAGGCUCACAUCGUGGCUUCCAUGAAAUCAUCCUCCUGGAUGGGCCUCACGGACCAGGCACUCGAGGGGGCUUGGAUGUGGGUGGACGGGACUCACCCAGCAGCCAAUGCCAGCUAUUGGCAGACAGGGGAGCCCAAUGGUGGGCAGACGGAGAACUGUGCGCUGGCACGACAGGAUGGCCACUGGUAUGACACCCCAUGCACAGAGCAGCACCACUGGGUGUGUGAGGGGAAGCCCCGAGCCUGCUUGGACUAGCCACCGAGCAAUCUGGCCAGACACUGGCCCUCCCUCUGCCCCCCACUGUGACCCAAGGACUCUUGAUGCCAACUAGCAGAGGGCACUAGGGGUAUAGGGCUCCUCUGGGUUCACCAAAAGAGGUCACGUGAUGUCUAAUGAAAGCCUGUGUCAUUCCAGCGCAGUUAAUCAUUGCAAGCUAGAUGGACUGGUGAUAUUUAAGGAGUUGUGUAUCUGCACAAAUAUUACGUUCUUAAGGUCUGUGUCUAGGUACUGGCCAUCAGCAAAGGGGAAAAGCAGGUUUUCUUUCAGGCAAGAAAUGUUGAUCUCUCUGCCUGUUUGCAUGUAAAUCAAGUACUGUAUGGUUCACAAUGUGCAUCCACUCAGAAGUCUGAACUGAAUGCUAAUGAAGAAUUGUGAAAUCUUCAAAGAGAGGAAAUUAACAGGAGGAAUUAAACAGCAGGAGUUAUAAGAACAUAAGACCAACCAUACUGGGUCAGACCAAUGGUCAUCUAGCCUAGUAUCCUGUCUUCCAACAGUGGUCUAUGCCAGGUGCUUAAGAGGGAAUGACAGAACAGGCAAUCAUCAAAUGAUCCAUCCUCUGUCAUCCACAACCAGCUUCUGUCAAACAGAGGCUAGGGACAUUCAGAGCAUGGGGUUAUGUCCCUGCCCAUCCUGGUUAAUAGCCAU